AAAGAUCAAUUGAAGAGUUCAUCUUCAUUCAUCGGUUACUGCAGUGGUAGCCAGAUGGAACACGUACAGGAAUAUCCUCCGCCGGUUGCACCAAGUGCUUACCAACCUUUGGCUACUCGCGUUUCCGUGAUUGGGCCUGAAUACUGCUAUCCUCAACCAGUAGAUCUGGCUGUCGUCAGAAAGGUUUUGACCAUCAGUGAGGGCAAAUUUGCUGUCAGUGACAUCAAUGGCAACAUCAUGUUCAUAACCAAAGGCAAAAUUUUCAGCAUCCAUGAUCGUCGCCUCUUAACCGAUGCUGCCGGAAAUCCCGUUUGCACUCUUCGACACAAGAUAAUGACUGUCCACGAUAGAUGGCAAGUAUUCAGAAGGGAAAGCACGGAAGAAAAAGAUCUGAUAUUCACAGUGAAGCGAUCAUCAAUGAUCCAACUCAAGACCAAAUUGCAUGUGUUCUUGGCAACCAACCCAAAAGAGAAUGUUUGUGAUUUCAGAGUGGAAGGAAGCUGGCUGGAGAGAUCCUGUAUCAUAUAUUCCGGAGAGUCCAACACUAUUUUGGCUCAGAUGCACAAGAAGCACAGUGUUGAAAGCGUAUUGCUUGGGAAGGACAAGUUUAUGGUGACAGUAUAUCCGAACGUGGAUUAUGCUUUCGUGGUGGCUCUCAUAGCCAUCCUUGAUGGGAUUAACCACGACGAUGAUGAGUGAUCACUCAUCAAAAUGUUCAUUAUAAUAUGCUGUUAUCUACACGUUUGACUUCGGCUUGUUUACUUCUCUGUCUUAUUAGUGAGCUUUCACUGUUUUAACAUAUUAAGAUGAAACCAGAUUGAUGUUAAUUUGUGCAUUCAUCAAUAAGAACGUUAGCUAAUUUAUAA